CACAAAACCUGCCAAAGUGGGUGGCGGUGUCAUCUCUACCAUUUUCCGUUCUAAAUAUAAAAAAUCUAUUGUUAUUCAUCGAAAAAAAGUUUAUACUUACUACUACUAUGUCGACGUCAGCAAUAUUCAUCCUUGAUGUCAAGGGAAAAGUGUUGAUUUCCCGCAACUAUCGAGGUGAUGUCGAAAUGGGGGUAAUCGACAAAUUUUUACCUUUCUUGAUGGAAAAAGAGGAAGAGGGUAGUUUAACUCCCGUGUUCCAGACGUCUGGGUGCACAUUCAUGUACAUAAAGCACCAGAAUCUAUAUAUUGUCAGCGUUUCUCGUAAUAAUGCCAAUGCCGCCAUGGUUUUCUCUUUUCUCCAUAAAAUUGUGCAAGUGAUGAGUGAGUACUUUAAAGAAAUUGAAGAAGAAAGCAUUAGAGACAACUUUGUCAUCAUCUUUGAGCUUUUGGAUGAAAUGAGUGACUUUGGCUAUCCACAAACUACGGAAAGCAAAAUUUUGCAAGAGUAUAUCACUCAGGAAGGGCAUAAACUUGAAACUGCACCAAGACCACCUCCAGCUGUGACCAAUGCAGUAUCUUGGCGCUCAGAGGGUAUCAAGUACCGGAAAAAUGAAGUUUUCCUCGAUGUCAUUGAAUCCGUCAAUCUCCUGGCUUCUACUACUGGUAAUGUUUUGAGAAGUGAGAUUGUUGGGUCUAUAAAGAUGAGAGUGUACUUAUCUGGCAUGCCUGAACUGCGCUUGGGUCUCAACGACAAGGUCUUGUUCGAAAGCACAGGACGGGGCAAAUCUAAAUCUGUUGAAUUAGAAGAUGUCAAGUUUCAUCAAUGCGUCCGCCUGUCCAGAUUCGAAAAUGACCGAACCAUCUCGUUCAUUCCACCUGACGGCGAGUUUGAGUUAAUGUCUUAUCGGUUAAACACUCACGUGAAACCUCUUAUUUGGAUCGAUUCGGUGAUUGAACGACACGCCCACUCGCGCGUAGAGUAUAUGAUUAAAGCUCGAUCGCAGUUCAAGCGCCGCUCGACUGCUAACCACGUCGAGGUUGUAGUUCCUGUUCCAGCCGACGUCGAUACACCCAAGUUCAAGACUUCCGUCGGAAGCGUCCGCUACGUCCCUGAACAGAAUGUUCUCAUUUGGAGUAUCAAAUCCUUUCCCGGCGGUAAGGAAUACCUGAUGCGGGCACACUUUGGGCUCCCCAGCGUUAUCAGCGAGGAAACGGAAGGCAAACCUCCCAUCCAGGUCAAGUUCGAGAUCCCUUACUUCACCACGUCAGGCAUUCAGGUUCGUUAUUUGAAGAUUAUCGAAAAGAGCGGAUACCAAGCCUUGCCUUGGGUUCGUUACAUCACCCAGAACGGUGAUUACCAGUUGAGGACCAACUGAUUGUUUUCACCAACGUCCAGUCUUCUUCUUACACAAAACCCUUCUGUCCUGCUUUUCCUCUACACUAUACACACUUGUUGUUUGAAUAUAUUCUUUAGCUCUUGUCAUUCACUUUCAGCCUAUUUUCGCUAUAAGAGAAGAAAAAUUUAAGAUUUUCUUUCCAGAUACCAUUUUGUUUAAUUUUUUUUUCUCUUAAUAUCAUUUACUUCAUAUAUUUUUUUUUUGGUCCACCUCCUCCCUCCUUCAACCUUUUUUUAUAUAGCAGUUGCCUGAUUACAAUCACACUUAAUACACUGGUCCAA